AUGGAGACCGAGGCCCGGCCCGCGCGGCCUGGCGGCGUUACCAUGGAGACAACGCCAGGGCUGGGGCUCCGAAGCCCCGGCUCACCGCUGCCUCAGAAUCCCGCCGAGCCACUGUGCGAGACCAGGACCCCAGCGGCGGCGGUGGCACGCUGGGACCUGCGAAAACAUUCUUUGCUCAUCGUGAUCGGCGAUAUCGGUACUGAGAGUCAGCUGAGGGCCGUGCGGGCCCACCUUGAACAAGGGAUUCUCUCCUGGAACAUUGACUUGUCAUCCUUUGACUUGAACCAGCAGUUGAGACUCUUCAUUACCAGGCACCUAGCUCACUUCUCCUCAGAGGUCAAAGGCCAGAGGACUCUCUGCCACCAGGGCGAGAGCCUAGAAACAGUCAUCCUGGUGAACCCCAGUGCCGACAGCAUCAGCUCUGAGGUUCACCAUUUCCUUAGCAGCCCGUCGGCUCACAAACUGCUGAUCUUGAGUGGGCAAAGCUUAGAGCCUGGGGGAGACCUCAUCCUACAGAGUGGCACCUACUCCUACCAAGACUUUGCCCGGGUCCUGCACAACCCAGAGAUUGCACAAUUGCUCAGCAAUAGAGACCCUGGGAUCCAGGCCUUCCUCACCGUGUCCUGCUUAGGGGAGGGUGACUGGAGCCACCUGGGACUAUCCAGUUCCCAAGAGACCCUGCACCUCCAGCUAAACCCUGAGCCCAGGCUGCCCACUAUGGAUGGCGUGGCUGAGUUCUCCGAGUAUGUCUCUGAGACUGUAGAUGUGCCAUCCCCUUUUGACCUACUGGAGCCCCCGACCUCAGGGGGCUUCCUCAAACUCUCCAAACCUUGCUGCUAUAUCUUCCCUGGUGGCCGCGGAGACUCGGCUCUCUUUGCCGUCAAUGGUUUCAACAUCCUGGUGGAUGGCGGUUCCGACCGCAAGUCCUGCUUCUGGAAGCUGGUGCGGCACCUGGACCGAAUUGACUCGGUGCUGCUCACGCACAUCGGGGCUGACAACCUUCCAGGCAUCAAUGGGCUCCUACAGCGCAAAGUGGCCGAGCUGGAGGAGGAGCAGUCCCAGGGCUCGAGCAGCUACAGUGACUGGGUAAAGAACCUCAUCUCCCCCGAGCUGGGUGUCGUCUUCUUCAACGUGCCCGAAAAGCUGCGGCUGCCGGAUGCCUCCCGGAAGGCCAAGCGCAGCAUUGAGGAGGCCUGCCUCACUCUGCAGCACCUCCAACGCCUGGGCAUCCAGGCCGAACCCCUGUACCGUGUGGUCAGUAACACCAUUGAGCCGCUGACCCUCUUCCACAAGAUGGGUGUGGGCAGGCUGGACAUGUAUGUCCUCAAUCCCGUCAAGGACAGCAAGGAGAUGCAGUUCCUCAUGCAGAAGUGGGCGGGCAACAGCAAAGCGAAGACGGGCAUUGUGUUGGCCAAUGGGAAGGAGGCCGAGAUUUCGGUGCCCUACCUGACCUCCAUCACGGCUCUUGUCGUCUGGCUGCCAGCCAACCCCACGGAGAAGAUUGUGCGGGUGCUUUUCCCAGGAAAUGCUCCCCAAAAUAAGAUCUUGGAGGGCCUAGAGAAGCUUCGGCACCUGGACUUCCUGCGCUACCCCGUGGCCACCCAGAAGGACCUGGCUGCUGGGGCUGUGCCUGCCAACCUGAAACCCAGCAAAAUCAAACAGCGAGCCGACAGCAAAGAGAGCCUCAAAGCCACUGCCAAAACAGCCAUGAGCAAGCUGGCCAAACGGGAGGAGAUGGCGGAAGAGGGAGCCAAGGAGGCCCGCUCAGAGAUGGCCAAAGAGUUGUCCAAGACAGAGAAGAAGACCAAGGAGUUGACUGAGAAGCCCCCAGAAAAGCUGGCCAAGCCCGAGAGGGUAAGGACCGAGUCUAGUGAGGCACUGAAGGCAGAGAAGCGGAAGCUGAUCAAAGACAAGGUCGGGAAGAAGCACCUGAAGGAAAAGAUUUCUAAGCUGGAAGAGAAAAAGGACAAGGAGAAAAAAGAGAUCAAGAAGGAGAGGAAGGAGCUCAAGAAAGAUGAAGGCAGGAAGGAAGAGAAGAGGAAAGACACCAAGCCUGAGGUCAAGAAGAUUUCCAAGCCAGACCUGAAGCCCUUUACCCCUGAGGUACGGAAGACACUCUUCAAAGCCAAGGCCCCUGCCAGAGUCAAGCUGGACAAGAGCCGGGGUGCCCGUGGGGAGAAGGAGCUGACUUCUGAGCCUCGGACGCCCCCGGCCCAGAAGGGAACUGGGCCACUCCCUGCCGUCAGUGGGAACCGGGAACUGGCCUUGUCCUCCCCGGAGGACCUCACGCAGGAUUUUGAGGACCUGAAGCGGGAAGAGAGGGCUUUGCUGGCUGAACAAAGGGACCCGGGGCUGGGAGCGAAACUGUCCCCUAUGGAGUCGGUAGAGGAGGGCCUCCCCAGCACAACUCUCGAGGGACCACAGCCCUGUGUCCCAGAGCAGGAAGCAGAGGAACGGGUGGUAGAGAAGGAAGCUGUUCCAGAAGUCCCUGGGGUGCAAGGCAGCAAGGACAGGGGCCCAGAUUCUGGGGCUGAAACAGAGGAAGAGAAAGAGACCUGUGAGGAAAAGAAGCAGCCGGAUGCCGAGAGGCUCCCAGACAGACCAGAAGCCAGAGAGGAAAGCGAGCCCGAGGUGAAGGAGGAUGUGAUCGAAAAGGCCGAGUUAGAAGACAUGGAGGAGGCACACCCUUCAGACGAAGAGGAGGAGGAAGAGACGAAGGCUGAGGGCUUUUAUCAAAAACACAUGCAGGAAGCUUUGAAGGUGACUCCCAUAGGUAAAGCAGCUCCUGAGGGCCGGGAACCGGGUCUCCAGGCCAGGGCCCCCGAGAAGGAGACCUCGUCAUUCCUAAGCAGCCUGGCCACCCCCGCAGGGGCCACCGAACAUGUCUCCUACAUCCAGGACGAGACAAUCCCUGGCUACUCAGAGACCGAACAAACCAUCUCAGAUGAGGAGAUCCAUGAUGAGCCCGAGGAGCGGCCGGCGCCACCUAGGUUCCCCCCAAGUACUUUUGAUCUCCCUGGGCCUGAAGGUGCCGGCUCCUUUGAAGCUGGCCAGCCUGUGGACAGCGUCAUUCCUGUUACCUCUAGCAAGGGCUAUGGGGCACCAGAGACUGAACUCCCCUAUCCUUCCAACCUGGUGGCUGCCCCGCUGGCUGAAGAGGAGCACGUGUCCUCAGCCACUUCUAUCACGGAGUGUGACAAGCUUUCUUCCUUCGCCACAUCUGUGGCUGAGGACCAAUCUGUGGCCUCACUCACAGCUCCUCAGACAGAGGAGACAGGCAAGAGCUCCUUGCUGCUUGACACGGUCACUAGUAUCCCCUCCUCACGCACUGAGGCCACUCAGGGGUUGGACUAUGUGCCAUCAGCUGGGACCAUCUCACCCACCUCCUCGUUGGAGGAAGACAAGGGCUUCAAGUCUCCACCCUAUGAGGAGUUUUCUGUGACUGGUGAGUCAGACAAGAGAGGAGAGGUGGUGGGGAGAGCCUUGCCUGGAGAGAGAGCCGUGGAAGAGGAAGAAGGAACGGCACAUGUAGAGAUGGCAGAGAAACUUCGCCGUCAGUACGGCGCCCCGAUGUUCGGAGCCCCCGGGCAUGCCCUGCAUGGGGAGCCAGCCCUGGGAGAGGUGGAAGAGCGGUGCCUCAGCCCUGAUGACAGCACCGUGAAGAUGGCCUCCCCGCCGCCAUCUGGCCCCCCCAGUGCCACCCACACGCCCUUUCAUCAGUCCCCUGUGGAAGAAAAGUCUGAGCCCCAAGACUUUCAGGACGAGGAUUCGUGGGGGGACACAAAGCCCACACCAGGUGCGGCCAAGGAAGGUGCUGCAAAGGAGGUAACCAAGCCAGGGCCUGAAGAGGGCACAGGGGGAAAGGAGGCAAAGGUGUCUCCUCCCAGGAGCCCCCAGGCCCAAGUAGCAACUGUCAGCACUGCAGGGGAACACUCAGGCCACACCAGUCCACUGCUGCCAGAUCAGGGCAGGGCAGCAGAAUUGGAGACCACAGAGGCAGGAGAGCCCACAGGUCCCAUUCUGGGAAUGAAGACUCUUGCUGGAGAUUUGAGGCCGCCACUUCAAGAAUCCAGUGAACCUCAGAAAGACAAGGUCCCUGGGUUUCCUGGCCAGAGCCUCUCUCCUGAAGAUGCAGAGUCCCUCUCUGUCCUCAGUGUGGUCUCCCCAGACACUGCCAACCAAGAGCCCACUCCCAGGUCUCCCUCUGGCCCAACAGAGCAGCGUCUACACAAAGACUUUUGGCCAGAGGCAUCGCCACAAGACACUCAGUCACUUUCCCUCUCCGAAGACAGUCCUAGCAAGGAGACGUCUCUGGAUAUCUCCUCAAAGCAGCUCUCUCCAGAAAGCCUUGGAACUGGAACCCUCCAGUUUGGGGAACUAAGCCUUGGAAAGGAUGAAAGGGGACCCCUGAUGCAGGCUGAGGAUGCUUCUCACCUCUUAUCUCCUUCUCCUAUUCCAGAGCCUCACACAGCCACACUGUCACCUCCCAGUGACAUCCCAGACCUCAGGGAUGAGAGUCCUGACAGGAAGUCACCUGCUAGUUCCUCCUUUCAUCCUCCACUGUCAGGUGAUGAGAAGCAAUCACCUGGGGUGCUCUCAAGCCCUGGUGAACACAUUAUAACACCUGAGAGCUCCAUCACCAGGAGUCUUGAGUCCUUCCCAAGCCCAGCCAUGGAGGACAUCAUCAUGGAGUGGGAAGGGAAAGCUCUAAGGUUGAAAGACAGUACCCCAGAGCAGAAGGACAAGGGACCUGAGCCAAAGGAUGACAUUCUGCAGCUGGAGGAUGUCACUGAAAAGCACAAGGACACAGCCACCUGGCAGAAAGAAAAGAUAGUGGAUGAAAAGGACAAAGCCAUGAAGCAGCAGGACAGAGCUUUAGAACAAACAGGCAGAGACUUAGCACAGAAGGACGCUACCUUGGAACAUAAGGGCAAGGUCUUGGGGCUAGAAGACAAAGACUUAGAACACAAAGACAAGGUCCUUGAACUGAAAGCUGAGAUCCCUGGAGAGAAAGAGAGGGCCUUAGAACAAAAGGGCACUGUGCUGGAACAGAGGGACAAAGAUUUAGAGCAGAAGGAGAAGAUUCCAGAAGAGAAAGACAAAGCUUUAGGACAAAAAGCCCAGGACACUGAACAUAAAGACAUGACUCUGCAGGACAAGGUCCCUGAACCAAAGGAUAAGACCUUAGAACACGUAGACACAGCCCCUGCUCAGAAAGUCAGGGCUGAAGAACAGAGAGAUAAGGCCUUAGAAGAAAAGGCUCAUGCUUUAGAACAACCAUGCCAAGCUUUGGGAAAGGAGGAGAGGGCCUGGGAACAGAUUACUAUGGCUGCUGAAUGGAAAGACCGGGCUCUGGAAGAGGGCAAAGCCCACAGGCAGCAGGAGAGCCUGGUGCAGGAGGAAGAAACCAUGAAGCUGAAGGAGAUCCCAGGGGAAAAGUCCCAGGAAAAGGUCCAGGCUGUGGAACGGAAAGAAGAAGCUCCACUAGGAAAGACCAAAGUCCUAGAGCUGGAAGAGAAUAUAGGGCAGCAAGGCAAGUCCCCAGAGCAGGAAGAAAAGUACUGGAAGGAGCAUGUUGUGGUCCAGGAGUGGCAAGAAACAGCUCCAGCCAAAGGGGAGCCAGCCGGGGAGCUGAAGGAGCCUGCUCCGGCCUGGGGAGACACUUCUCCGGAGCAGGAGGUCAGGUACUGGAGGGGACAGCAGGAUGUAGGCCUGGAACAGGAUGCCUACUGGAGAGAACUGAGCUGUGAACGGAAGGUAUGGUUCCCUCAUGAACUGGACAGCCAGGGGGCUCGUCCACGCUACCCCGAGGAACGUGAGAGCACCUUCCUGGAUGAGGGCCCAGAUGACGAGCGGCAAGCGUCCCCACUGGGACGCACACCCCGGAGCCCCUGGACCUCAGACUUCAAGGAUCUCCAGGAGCCCUCCCCGCGGAAGGGCCUAGAGGUGGAGCGCUGGCUCGCUGAAUCACCUGUUGAACUGCCACCAGAGGAAGAAGACAAGUUGACCCGCUCUCCCUUCGAGAUCAUCUCCCCUCCUACCUCCCCACCUGAAAUGGCUGCACAGAGGGUUCCUCCGGCCCCAGGGCAAGACAGCCCCAGCCCAGAGCCUAAGCCUGUGUCACCCCUGAGGAAUGAGCCUGCCACACCUUCAUGGCUGGCUGACAUCCCACCGUGGGUGCCCAAGGACAGGCCCAUGCCCCCGGCACCGCUUUCCCCAGCUCCAGCUUCCCCUACACCUGCCCCAGAACCACACUCUCCCGCACCCUUUAGCUGGGGCAAAGCCGAGUAUGACAGUGUGGUAGCUGCAGUGCAGGAGGGGGCAGCGGAAUUGGAAGGUGGCCCAUACUCCCCUCUGGGGAAGGACUACCGAAAGGCUGAAGGGGAAGGGGAAGAAGGUGACAUGGAAGCCCCUGACAGCAGCCUCCAGGGCCCUAAGGCUGUAGAAGCCAGCGGGAGCCACGCUCCCAGGGAGUCCGAGCAGACUGAACCUGAGCAGAGAGAGCCCACUCCAUAUCCUGACGAGAGGAGCUUUCAGUACGCAGACAUCUAUGAGCAAAUGAUGCUCACCGGGCUUGGCCCUGCGUGUCCCACGAGGGAGCCGCCCCUCGGAGCAGCUGGGGAUUGGCCCCUGCGCCUCUCAACUAAGGAAGAGGCUGCUGGCCGCGACACACCUGCAGAGAAGGAGCUUUCAUCUCCUGUCUCACCCAAGAGCCUCCAACCAGACACUGCAACCUUCAGCUAUGCAGCCCUUGUGGGACCCACCGUACCCCCCCGGCAGGAGCCUGAGCCAGGGCCAAGUGUGCAGCCCAACCUCUCUCCACCUGCAGUGCCCCCUCGUGCCCCUGUCCCCCUGAGCAAAGGUCCGAGCCCCCCUCUUAAUGGUAACAUUCUAAGCUGCAGCCCAGAGAGGAGGACCCCAUCUCCCAAGGAAUCUGGCCAGAGUCCCUGGGAUGACAGUGCUAGUGACUCGGAGCUGGAAAAGGGGGCUCGGGAACGGCCGGAGAAAGAGGCCCAGUCCCCAAGCCCCCCUCACCUUGCGCCUGCAGCAUCCCCAACCCUGUGGCCUGAGAGCCAGGCACACGCUAGUCCUUCAUUGAACUCACAGAUGGGGCCUGCCCGACCCAACCUGGACUUCCCUGCUUCUGCCUUUGGCUUCUCCUCAUUGCAGCCAGCCCCCCCACAGCUGCCCUCUCCAGCCGAACCCCGUUCAGCUCCCUGUGGCUCCCUUGCCUUCUCUGGGGACCGAGCCCUGGCUCUGGCUCCAGGUCCUCCCACCAGAGCCCGGCAUGAUGAGUACCUGGAAGUGACCAAGGCCCCCAGUCUGGACUCCUCACUGCCCCAGCUCCCAUCACCCAGCUCUCCUGGAGCCCCUCUUCUUUCCGACCUGCCACGACCUGCCUCACCAGCCCUGUCUGAAGGCUCCUCCUCUGAGGCUACCACUCCUGUGAUUUCAAGUGUGGCUGAGCGUCUCCCUCCAGGCCUGGACGCUGCAGAACAGGGGUCUGGGCAGCUGGCCCUGGGUUUGGAACCAGCUGCCCAGAGCCUCUGGGAUCGCACUGCUCUGAGCACAGCACCCUCUUCUUCCCUGGCCUCGGUGCCAGCCCCGGCUCUAAACCUGUCUGGAGACAUAGAUGACAGCAGCCUGCCUUAUCACCUGGAGUGUUCAGGGGCAGACACUAAGAAGCCAGGCCCCUCCCAGGGUCCCCCUGAUGACCGAGCAGCCAAUGGACCAACUGAAACCAGCCCCCAGCCACCAGGCCCUGCCAUAUCCAAGGCUGAGAAAGAAGAGGCUGAGGCCUGUCCUUCCUGGGAACGAGGGGCCUGGCCUGAGGGAGCUGAGCGGUGUUCCAGGCCUGACACACUGCCCUCUGCAGAGCAACCACUGUGUCCUGGAGAAGAUGCCGGGGACCCUACCCACAGCAUGUCUCCUGAGGUGGAGGCUGGGCCCCAGGGCUGUGCUGCUGAGCCCUGGCCCCACCGUGGGGAGCUCUCCCCAUCUUUCCUGAAUCCUCCCCUGCCACCAUCCACAGAUGACAGCGACCUCUCAAUUGAGGAAGCUCGGCUGGUAGGGAGAGGGGGGAGACGCCGGGCAGGGGGGCCAGGAGCCCCUGGGGGUCCAUGCCCUGUGGCUGAUGAAACGCCCCCCACGUCAGCUAGCGACUCAGGCUCCUCCCAGUCAGAUUCUGAUGUCCCACCAGAAACUGAGGAGUGCCCAUCCAUCACAGCCGAAGCAGCCCUAGACUCAGACGAGGAUGGGGACUUCCUACCUGUGGACAAAGCCGGGGGGGUCAGUGGAGCUCACCAUCCCAGGCCUGGUCAUGACCCACCCCCUCUCCCCCAGCCAGACCCCCGCCCAUCCCCUCCCCGCCCUGAUGUAUGCAUGGCUGACCCCGAGGGGUUCAGCUCAGAGACUGGGAGAGCAGAUAGGCUACGGGAGAAGGAAAAGGUUCAGGGGCGGGUUGGGCGCAGGGCCCCUAGCAAGGCCAAACCAGCAUCCCCUGCACGGCGUCCGGAUCUUCGGGGAAAACGAUCACCCACUCCCGGCAAAGGACCUACAGACCGAGCCACCCGGGUCCUGCCUCGGCCACGCAGCACUCCAAGCCAGGUCGCUCCAGCAGAAGAAAAGGAUGGACACAGCCCCAUGUCCAAGGGCCUGGUCAAUGGACUCAAGGCAGGACAGACAGCCUUAGGUUCUAAGGGUGGCUCUGGCUCCCCUGUGUACGUGGAUCUUGCCUAUAUCCCAAACCACUGCAGCGGCAAGACUGUCGACCUUGACUUCUUCCGUCGAGUGCGCGCAUCCUACUAUGUGGUCAGUGGCAACGAUCCCACCAAUGGUGAGCCAAGCCGGGCUGUGCUGGAUGCCCUGCUGGAGGGCAAGGCCCAGUGGGGAGAGAACCUCCAGGUGACUCUGAUCCCUACUCAUGACACAGAGGUGACCCGUGAGUGGUACCAGCAGACACACGAGCAGCAACAGCAGCUGAACGUCCUGGUUCUGGCCAGCAGCAGCACUGUGGUCAUGCAGGAUGAGUCCUUCCCAGCGUGCAAGAUUGAGUUCUGAAAAAGCCACUAUCCAUUCCCCAAGGAUCUGCUUCCCCCACUGCCCUAGCUCCUUUAGAGAAUGGCUGCUGCUGAGACCUCCCUCUGGGGUUAAGGGAGAUGGGAGCUGGGGCAGUGAACAAGGAUGUAUCAUGGUGGGGCUUAGGCUGGGCUAUGUGGAAGGGGUUGUCCUCUCCCUCAUCCAUUCCUGAGAGGGGUCUCAAAGCUAAAGGUAAGAAGGGUAGGGUAGAGAGAGGACAAAAAACUAGAGUAGGAGGUCAUCUAGUGCCCAAGAACCCUGGAGUGUGACCCUCUCCUAGCACUGCCCAUUGCUAAUAUUAGAUGGAGAGACAGGAUGGGUCUCAGAGAGCAGCCUCCUUCCUCAUGGGGCAACAGUCAGAUUUCCCCACCCCAGGGACAUCUUUAUCCCAAUCUAUUUAUUUAGCACCCCAGAAAUGAUCUCUAGUAACAACGUAUAUGACCUGAGGAUACGAUACUGUCUGUGAGGUGCCCAGAGCUUUACCCCUUCCUCUUCCCAUUAGGAUCUGGCUUCUAGCAAGGGUCUGGGGUACACUGCUGCUUCUUUCAGUACCUGAAUGUCUCAGUCUAAAACUUGAAGCUGUUAAGACCAACAGACUGGUGAGAAGAAAGAGGAGCUUCUCUUUCCAUCCCUGUUCCAAACCAUUCACAUCCUAGGGCUGUGCCUAGACCAGGCUUACUGGGCAGUACAAAAAGAUGAGGAGAGCCCAGCCCCAAUCCCUCAAUUCUUCCCAGCUCCUUGAUCCCUUUGAAUUUUCACCCAUCUCAUCCCAACAACCCUGAUACCUACUCAUCCCCUGCUUGGCUUCUCUGCAUGUGGUCAUCUGCUGUGGCCUGGUGUGUAAUGGGUUAAAAAUAAGCCACUGCUUGACAUCCCAACAUCUAACACCCUAGCGAUGUGUGACUCCCCCAACCCCCAGCAUUCCACUAUGCCAUCCUGCAGCUGAUAUGGGAACGCUGGCUCCUCUUCAAACUCAGUCCUUGGACAGUGGCUCUGGGAGGUAGAGGCCAAACCAGAUGACUUGGGGAAGAGGGAAGGAAGGAAAGAGACAGUUGAGCUACAGCUCAAGCUGCUACAGAGAAAAAUGGAAAUAGGCUGAAACUAACACUCCAGGAGAAGACUUUACCCCAAGCAAGCCGGCGAGCAGCCCUGCCAGACUCCUGCUGGACUGAGAAACCCAGGUGCUGAUCGUCAUCUGGGCUUGCCUUCUCUGCCAAACAACUGGAAAACCAAAAUGAGGCCACCUAUGUUCUUCCCAGCUCCCACCCCUCCCGUGCUGCUGCGCUCUGCUCCACCCUACACUUCCCUGCUAUAGUUCCCAGCUGCUGUAUUGGAGCUGCCUCCGACUCUAACAAUAAAUCAAGUUCAUUGCA